ACGUCACAAGAUGCGUCAUUGCGUUUGCGCAGUCCUGUCAAACCGUUUUACAGACUGCCGUUCCACGAGUGGGUCAGUUUAGUUUUAUGACAGAUUCUUAAUUCACAUGUUUGUUAUAAAUUAAAAUUACGGAUCAAAAUGUUAAUUAAAGAAUUCCGAGUGGUCUUGCCUUUAACUGUCGAUGAGUAUCAAGUGGCCCAACUUUACAGCGUCGCAGAGGCCUCUAAAGAUAACACGGGCGGAGGGGAGGGUAUCGAGGUUCUCAAGAAUGAGCCCUUCACCAACUACCCCCUUCUCGGAGGAAAGUACAAUUCGGGUCAAUACACCUACAAAAUUUACCACUUGACUAGCAAAGUACCGGCCUUUAUAAGGCUGCUGGCGCCCAAAGGCAGCUUGGAGGUGCACGAGGAGGCCUGGAACGCCUACCCCUAUUGUCGGACGGUGAUCACGAAUCCGACGUACAUGAAAGAAAAUUUCUUAGUCCUUAUCGAAACCAUGCAUGAAAACAGUAGAGGAAUGACAAUGAAUGUUCAUCAAUUAUCCAACGAUAAAUUGAAACAGCGCGAGGUGGUAUUUGUCGAUAUAGCUAAUGAUACAGUUCCUUCGUCAGAUUACAAAAAAGAAGAGGACCCAACUCUAUUCCGAUCCCAGAAAACUGGCAGAGGUCCACUAACAGGCGAUUGGAAAAACCAAGUUCAGCCUGUAAUGACCUGCUACAAAUUGGUCACCGUCGAGUUUAAAUGGUUUGGUCUUCAGAAUAGGAUUGAAAGUUUCAUUCAGAAGACUGAAAGACGAUUAUUCACUAAUUUCCAUAGGCAAGUAUUCUGUUGGAUGGACCGCUGGUAUGGUUUGACAAUGGAUGAUAUUAGAAGAAUAGAGGAUAAAACGAAAGAAGAACUAGAGACCCUUCGUCAAAAGGGAGAAGUACGAGGCUUGAAGGCAGACUCAGAAUAAACAGAUAUAUUUAGAGUCUUUGUUUAGUGAAUUAUUGAUAUUGAUAAUAUUGAAUAACAUUAGCAAAGAAACAAACAUUUAAAUUCGAACCAUUCUCUAUUUGUAUUUUCCUGUUGGCAGAGACUCAUCGUACGAAAGUUAUUGAUAUCGGUUAUCAACAAACAAAAGAAAAUGUGGAUAGAACGUGGAAAAGUAAACUUGAAUAUCAUUUUAGUUUGUCCACAUAAAAAUCAAUCAACUUUUUUCCAAGAUGUUAAGUUUGUUAAUGAGUUAAACUUCUUCAUAUCCUAGAAAAUGAUGUGUUUCUGCCAAAUAGGAUGAUGGCGUUUUUCCUUGUUCCACUUUUGAGGUUAGGUGUUUUCUAAAUGUCGUGAUCGAAAUUCUACAAUUAAAAUGUAAUAAAGAGGAAAUAUUGAAUAAUGGGAUUCUCUUCAAGAGAAUUUAGAUAGUUACCAAAGUAUUACAACGGUCUGAAUAAUUAUAUUCAGUUUCAAAAAUGGCAAAGAAUUUUUUUUAUACUGUAAUAUGAUUUGAAGGUUGCAAUUGGUUCAGAGGCAUUCAACAUUUACUGCUUUUAAUCAUUUCAACUUGUAUUGUCCUAUGUUGUAGAAAGAAUUCUAGUUCUUUGGAAGAUAAAUUGCAAUUGCUGAUGUGAAAGUCAUUUUAUCCUUGUCGAGAACUUCUAUUUUUGUGCGAGAUCAGUCUAUUAGGUGACAGAUUUUUUUGUAUAUAUAAUUAUAUACUUCUUUUUUACACUACUCUUAAGCCUUAAUAAAUUGUUGAAGUUAA